CACAUGAUCAAGGCUAUGAAUAUUUUUAUUAAUUAUUCAGCGUUAUAGGUACGCUAACCAAAAAGUCGAAAGCAAUAAUUGUGAAGUACUUGAACUCAGUUUAUAUUUGGGUGUGAAUGGAAUUCUUUCACAAUGCCAAGGCAGUCGCACUCCGCGGCAACCAUGAAAAUUAUUUACAUGCCCACGAAGACAAAGAAUCAGUAAGGCAGCACUCGGACGGAUUAUCCGAGGGAUCUAGAUGGACCGUGGAGCUCGUAACCCGAUCCGACUCCAUUAUCCGCCUUAAGAGCUGCUAUGGCAAGUAUCUCACCGCCACCGACCGUCCAUUUGUGAUCGGUCUGACCGGUCGGGAAGUUGAACAGACAACCCUGCUUUCUUCAUCACGUGAUUUUGACUGUAUGGUCGAGUGGGAGCCGAUCAAAUAUGGGAAUGGUAUCAGGCUGAAGAGCUGUUACAGCCAGUGGUUCCUCAGGGCCAGUGGAUACUGGCCUCCGGGGGGGCAUUGGAUCACCCAUUGUGAAGCUGAUGGUCAUGGAAUACUCGACGACUCCAACUUGGAAUGGCAGGUUGUUGUCCUUGAAACACAUCAAGAGGGUACGGCAUCUGUUCCUGCUCCUGCCUGUGCUCCGGCUCCGGUUGUGGUUCUGGCUUAUCCUCCUACUCCUAUACCACGUGACGAUUCGAAUACGGAAAGGGCUGAGCUAGUAGCUGAGGUAGGAAAUCUACUAGUAAGCACAGCAAGUCUAAUUUUGCAAGACUCGGAAUCGAUUUACGGAGGUGCAUCAGGGGGUGAUGAAGUAUUUGGAGAUUUAGAUGCGAUCGGAAAUGCCGAUGAUGCAGCUGGAGAUGCUUGCGAAGAGUAUUAAGUUGAAAAUGAUCAGUGUGUGUAUUCAACAUUGUACACUAUAUUUGGGAGAUAAAUUGAAGAUGUUUGUUUGUGAACAUGUACGGCCCAGUGAUUGUCCCUCCAGUAAUUGUCCCUCCAUGUUUAACCAGCUUCAUCAUAUUUUUAAUAGUCAGUCUGAUUAAAGUGAAUUGAAUUAGCAGUUAUUUAGCAAAUUUAUGUUGUAGUUGAGAAUCUAGUUUAAUAUAGAUAGCUUUGAGGGCAUAGCUUUGCAUAAUUUGUUUAUGUCACAUGAUCUGUUUGUUAGAUAUAUAUUAGUUUAGAUUAUUGUUAAAAUUGUUAAAUUAGUUUUUUUGUUUACGUU